UUUUCCCAGUUGAGUUGCACACGCACGCACGCCUCGCCACCCCUGCCUUUUUUUACAUGACGACUUGAGUGAAUCGCCUCACCUCACCUCACCUGAUCGAUCAGCCAAACUAACCGCACCAAGCCAGCAACCACUCGAGCACUCGCGGCUAAACCUAUAACAAACCGGCGCCCCCGUAGCGUAGCUAUACGGCGUACACCACGCGCGCGGAGUUGCAGACAUGAGAGCCUACUCGGCGACGGCGGCCGCGGCGGCGGUGGCGUCGCUGCCGUCGGCCGCGCCGCCGCUGACUCCCGACGCGGCGGCGGUGCUGUCACGCGCCGCGGCGGACGCGUCGAGGCGGCGGCACGCGCACACCACGCCGCUGCACGCGGCGGCCGCGCUGCUGUCCGGCCCGGCGCCGCUGCUCCGCGACGCCUGCGUGGCGGGCCUCGCGUCGCCGCACCCGCUCCGGUGCCGCGCGCUCGACCUCUGCUUCGCCGUCGCGCUCGACCGCCUCCCGACGUCCACGGAGCACCAGCACCACCACGCGGCGCCGCCGCUCUCCAACGCGCUCGCCGCCGCGCUCAAGCGGGCGUACGCGCACCACCGCCGCAUCGGCAGCGGCGUGGUCGAGGCGGACGACCACCGCGUCGGCGUGCCGCACCUCGUGCUCGCCAUCCUCGACGACCCCUCCGUCGCCCGCGUCAUGCGCGAGGCAUCCUUCUCCAGCACCGCCGUCAAGGCCGCCAUGCUGCGCUCCCUCUCCGACCCCGCCGCCCCCGACUCCGGCGUCUACGUCAACGCCAGAGUGCUGCACCGGCAGGUGUCCCACCGGGAGGAGGAGGUGAACAAGGUGGUGGAAGUUCUCAAGCGGGGCAAGAAGCGCAACCCGGUGCUCGUCGGCGACACGGUGGACGUGGACGCCGUGGUACAAGAGGUUGUCACCAUGAUACAGAGGCAACGGCUCGGCAAUGCGCGAGUCAUCUCCUUCCAGAGAGAAUUCGGCGACCUGGUCGAUCUCGACAGGGCGGAGCUCGCCGCCAAGAUCAAGGAGCUCGGCGAGGCGAUAAGAUCGGAGCUACUCUCGCCGGCGUCCAGGAGCGCCGGCGUCGUCGUCAACCUCGGCAACCUGCAGUGGCUCGUCGAGGAGAGAUGCGUGGCCCCCGGCGAGCAAGAGAAGCGGAGGGACGUGGUGCUCGACACGGCGCGCGCCGCCGUGGCCGAGAUGGCGCGCAUCCUGAGGCAGUCCGGCGAGCGCGAGCACCGCGUCUGGGUGAUCGGCACGGCGACGUGCGCCACGUAUCUCAAGUGCCAGGUGUACCACCCGUCGCUGGAGAGCGAGUGGGACCUCCAGGCCGUGCCCAUCACGCCGCGACCGCCGCCGCCGCCGCCGUCAUCGCUCGGCCUCUCGCCGAGUGUUAAUGGAGUUAACAGAGGCAUCCUGAGCAGCUCGGUGGAGGUGUUGUCAUCGGCGAUGACCACCAGUGCAAUGCAAAGCAGGUCGCCGAGCCUGUGCAGCGCCUGCCUCGACGGCUACGAGCGCGAGCGCGCCGACAUGGCGUCGUCGCCGGGCUGCGGCGCGCUCCAUGCCACGGAGCAGCCCAUGUCGCAGUGGCUGCAGAUCGGGACGCCGAGCAGCGCACGGCCACCGUUCGACCGCGCGCAGGACAAGGCGCGGGAGGCUGACGAGCUGCGACGUCGGUGGCUCGACCGGUGCGCGCAGCUGCACUCCCACGGCGGCGGCGGCUGCGGCGGUGGCCGGCCGUCGUCGAUGGUCACUUGCUCGGAAUGGAACGGCGCAAGCGUCCUCGCCAACAUGCAGGCUAUACCAGUAAGGCCGCCGCCACCGGCGGCCGCGGCGGCGCCUGCCGCCGCGGUGGACACCGACCUCGCGCUUGGGCCGGCGGCAUCAACGGCGUCGAGGCCACCGGCGUACUGUGACACCGACGAGAAGCUGCUCGUGAAACGGCUCACGGAGGCGGUGCGAUGGCAACCCGAGGCUGCUGCCGCUGUUGCCGCUGCGAUCACGAAGGCCAGGUCCGGCGAGCGGAAGCGGCGUGGCAUGGGGCCCACCAGGGCCGACACGUGGGUCCUCUUCUCCGGCCAUGACGUGGCCGGGAAGACGAAGAUGGCGGAGGCGCUGUCCAUGUCGGUCUUUGGCACGAACGCCGUCGCGCUGCGCCUCGCCGGCAACGGCGGCGAGCCCAUCGCGUCGUGCCGCGGCCGGACGGCGCUGGACUGUGUGGCCGACGCCAUACGUGCCAACCCGCUGCGUGUCAUCGUGCUCGACGGAUUCGACCACCACGACGACGACAGAGUCGUGCAGGCGUCCAUACUACGCGCCGUCGAGUCCGGCCGCCUCGUGGACUCGCGCGGCCGGGACGUCGCCCUCGGCGAAGCCAUCUUCGUCGUCAUGUCGCUGGACGACACGAGGCGGUGCCAAGAGGAUCAUCAGUUCACCGACUCGCCAUGGAACCUUGAGCUCCGAGUCCGGAACAACGCACGGAAGCGGAGGCCGGAGCCGCAGCCGCUCGACGGCGCCGGCGACCGGCGGUUGAAACCGCGCAAAGACUCGCCUCCGCUUCACCUUGACCUGAACCUGUCCAUGUGCGAGGAUCACACCGACGACGACGACAGCGGCGGCGAGGAAUCCCGGAACUCGUCCAGUGACCUAACGGUGGAGCACGAGCAGGAGUACGGCCAACCCGCCGCUGCCGCCGCCAAGUUCUCGGCUCCGUCGAGCUUCUCCGAGCUCACCAAAGCCGUGGAUGCAACGGUGGUGUUCAAGCCCGUCGACUUCGGGCCGCUCAAACGGAGCGUCUCCGACGUGGUCUCGGCGAAGCUCGGGGACGCCGCCGGCGCCGGCGCCGGUUUGUCCGUACACGUCGACGACGGCGUGCUGGACAGGCUGGCCGGCGCGGCGUGGACGGCGGGAGAGUCAGCCACGUCGUUGGAGGCGUGGGCCGACGAGGUGCUGUGCCCUACCAUACGGCAGCUGAAACGUAGCUUGAGCGCCAACGAUGUCGACGGCGCGACGACGGUGAGCUUGUCGGCGGUGGAAGGCAGCGGCGGCCGCCGGAGGAAGGACGGCGAGGUGUUCCCGACGUCGGUGACCGUCGCCGUCGACGGAAACUGAUGACGCAGUCCACCUGGCAUGCAUGCACGUGUUUACUCUUUUUUUUUGGGUUAAAUUGGUCAUCAAUAUGAUCAUCAUCAUUUUGUACAUUAGUACAUGUAAAUGUUCAGCUGUCAGAAGUUAGAGAUGUACGGGGCUAGGAAGGAGUAGUUGUUUUGAUAAUCACAUUUUGGAUUCAUUUCAACAAGACAAGCAUGCAUGGGUCCCUUAAUAUUUGCCGGUC